GAGUCAGGGGAAAGGGAUUCAAACGGUGUCUUUGGGCUCAUGCCUUAACCUAUCCCGGCCUCAGUUUCCUCAACUGUGAAGUGAAAGGGGUGAGGGGUGGAUGGUGCCCUCUGAGGCCCCUUCCGCUCUCAGGCCAGAAAUCUCCCGGGUCUGCGCCCCGCCUCCCGCAGCCCUGCCGCGGCAGCCAUGGUCACGGCCAUGGCGGCGUGGCGGCUCCGGGCGGUGGCAGGGGGCUCCUCACUAGGGAAUCGGCUCCCCCCCGGCUUCGCGCUGUGCUCCGCCUCCGGGCCAGAAGGCGGUGGCGGUGGCCGUAGCGGCGGCGGCGGGUCGGCAGCGCGGCCCCCGGAAGGUCCGGAAAGCACCAGGCCCGAGCGGUCCGAGAGCCCCAAGCUCACGCCUGAGGAGCUACGGAUCGCCCGGCUGCACACGGCUGCCUGCGCGGCUGGCCACCUAAACUAUGUGGAUCCAACCACUGGCUAUUUAGUACUCACCAAAGUUGCCCAUUUGCAAAGAGGGAAUUGCUGUGGUUCUGCUUGCAGACACUGUCCAUAUGGCCAAAUCAACGUUAAAGAUCUAUCGAAGAGGAAGCGAUUCAACUCAUUGUUUUAUAUUUAAGAAUAAUGUCAGUUUGUGUUUUCCUUGUAAUAGCUUGCAAAAUAAAAUCCAAUAAAAAGCCUAAUCCAGAA